AGUAAGGAGAAGCAACGGAGUUUGGAGUGCGCGUGCAGGAAGAAGUUCGUGCUUGUUUGAUUUCAAACGGAAUUGCACAUUUUUGUGGCUUUUUUGGGGGGGUGCUUGCAUCUCCCUCUUGUCAUUUACAUUGGACACUGAGGAACAUUGAAGUGUAAAUGACACAUCCACAAUGGAUACCAUCUCCUGGUCUGAGGGUACACCGAGCCAAGCUUUUGGGUUGCAGGCCUCAAACUCCACCAUGCAAAAUGACACGAGAUACCAGUGUUUUAUGCCUGGGGAACAGAUUAAUGGAAACCAAAACAUGUAUGGUAGUCAUACCCAACUGACGCAGCACGCAGACUACCAUAGUGCACAUUAUACCUCACACAGUGGACAAACUGCCAAUGGGAAUUAUUGGAAUGACAAAGCUACGGACUUAAACUCUGUUCGAAACCGCGAUGGCUUUGCUGCACAUAGGAGUGGCAGCGGAUUUUCUGAACCAGUACCUCAGCUGCCGUUGAGAAACCAGACUUUGAUGAAUGGAAAUGGCAGUUGCAUUGCCCAAUCGAGACCAUACCUACCGCAGUCCCACUAUGCUCCACAUCAAAACCCUUUGAAAACCGAUGUUCCUCAGACUGUGAUGGCGAAUAGAACAAACACACACCUGGCACCUUCAGCCAUAGGGGGUAUUCCACAUACCCAGGAGACGUUGCAGUUCUCGAGAGUUGGUAGUGGGGCCCCGCCCUCUGGCACACAGGCUCAUGGAGACGACUUGACGGCCAUCGAACAUAUAAACAGAAUUACAAACUUUUUGAUGGGGGAGAGUGUUAACCCCUCUGCAAAUGUUUACAGUUCACUGGAAGGGAACCCAAACCAUCAUUACUUGCAGGCAACGGUGGGCAUGGGACAGGGUGUGAUGAGUAGGGCUGAUGGCACAGUGAAAAAGAGCAACAGAAAAAGCAUGAAAGGCUCCAAUGGCGCAGUAGCCCCUCCCACCGGAGAGAUUACAAGCUUGGAGAAUGUUCUGGUGGACAGGGGGAAAGGCAUAAGGGAGAACCUUCCUUCUGCUAUUUUUUCUUCUGUGGGUCAACAUGCCAAUCCCAGUUAUUUACAAGGACUGUUAAGCAGGAGUCGGGGGUCUGUCGCCAGGACCCCAGCUGGUACUGCAUGUCCUCCCUCUGGCCAGAGCAGCUGUUGGUCUGCAGGCCCAGGUGUAAAUGCUGUUAAAGGAACAGGCAGUGGGAGUGGCACAGGUUCCAAGGAAAGGACAAAUAACAUUCAGCCCAGGAGCUGUGCUGCUGGCAACUAUUUUAGCAAAGUUAACCCGUCUUAUUACAGUGUCAACAGGGACAAAAGCGUCAGCCAGGUUGGUGCACUUGGAAGUGGGUCUGGAAAUUCCUUGCCUGUGCAAAAUGCGAUGGAACGGCAACCUUCCUCCCACUUUCCAAGCAGUACUGCUGCUGGUAACUUUUCUGCACAUUCCCGAUGUACGGAAGGACAGAGCCGCCACUUCCCUCCAACCGAUCACCAACUGCCUGGGGCACAGAACCCAAUGAGGGUACAGGAGGCGCAAAGUCGUACUCAAAGUUAUAAUGGAAAAGAGCAGCAAUUCUUCAUUCCCAAGACCUUAAACGGAGGUGUGGCUGCCGCAACACGGCACGUUGGACCCGCUCAAAUUGCGAAACCUGCUCCAAACCAAAUUCCUCAGUCAAAUUUUGAAAGUCAAAAUGGACACCCUCAUGCUUUGGGCAGUGGUUACAGAUUCACUUCAGCUUUACCAGAUGAAGCUACGCAGCCGCACAGACUGAUGCCGGACAAUCAGCCUUCUGGUAACCCCCCACCGUAUCCCAAAACACAAAGGUAUUUUGUCACUGUAACACAGGACAGGCCAGGGACAGGAUUCACAGCCAAAAAUGUGAUCUUCAUGACUGAUAACCACGCGUGUGCCUUGAGCGAACGGCUGCAAUUGACUUCCAAAGAAGGACCCGCAAAAUUGGACUCUGGAGUUGCAUAUGGAGAGCUCUCUGGCAGCAGCGAUCCAAAGAAUUGUGAAACCCAGCUUUUGACCGCUAUCACGAGAGCAGAGUCUGUUUUCAGCAUGCCCAAACCAACAAAUCAGCAGAAGGGUACCGGGUCGUCGGGCCAAAGAGCGGUGGCAGUUGUUCCGCCGAUAUCUCAGCAGUCCUCAAACUCUGCAGAUGUGGGGAGUGGCAUCAUCAAUACCAAUGAAGGACUGCCAUUUAAAAUAAAGAAUGUGUGGUCCCUUGCUGAAGAAGAAUAUGCAACCCAACAAAAAAUUGAUAGUGCUGUUUCUGUGACUGUGUCGCACGGCACAGGAUCAGAUGAGAAUUUAAAACAGAAUAUCUUUACAUCUGUCCCUGCAACACACGUUGAUUCAUCAUCACCUUCAGAACAGGCUUCAUCCCCUCUUCAACAGACUGCACAAGCCCCAGAUUUAGUUAGCCCAUCGAUAUACACUACAGACGCUUUGGCUGUUGCAGAAAAGGACAUCGAAAAAUCAAACCCACCUGACCUUCAACCUAAAACACCUGAAGUUGCUCACCAGACUGAAAAAAUAAGUAGUUUUAAUGUUAAUAAUUCUGAAACCCUGCCUAGUUUGAGUGUUAUUGAAAGUGGUGAUCAAAAUGGAGAAUCAAAGGAAAAUACUUUUGAUUUAUCUUCAGUGCCUGUGUUUAAGUGGACAAUUUCUAAACUGUAUAAGCUGAUGUCAUUACUUGAAUGGAGGCAAGGGCCCCUUCAGGUGGAGAUGGACCUUGAAAAGCUCCAUGGUAUUUAUGGGAGUUGUAGUUACCCAGACGUUUCUGAUGUUUUUAGUUCAGAUCUCUAUAUGUCAAUAAUGAAUGAGGCUUCUAGUAUAUCCCCCGAAUAUAAACAUGCUGUCAUUUUUUCACAAGUUAAGAAAUCGUACCAUAAGGCAGUGAGAGAGAACUGCCAUAUAGUAACACAUGAUGCCACUUUCUCUGAGGAUGUAGUCUACAAGUCUUCAUGGUUGAACCUCAACGAGCAGCUUGAUGACAUAGAUAAAGAACAUGGACUCCCAUUACACCUGAGGUUAAGACGGCACACACUUGAGGAAAAGUGUGAGGACAAGGAAGUGAAUGAAUCUGACAGUGGCAACCUACCACCAGUACUGACCAAGGCAGAGUUGCCAGCAUCCUCCGAACAUGUCAGUCACUCCAAAGAUCCACUUUCCACUAUCAAGAUCAAUGUGCUUCCAUCUGAAGUGGAAGUGAAUGAAACUGAAAAUGGCAACCUGCCUGAAGCUCCUAUCGCACAAGAGGCUGAGGAAAGGCUUGUGUCACAACCGCCAACACAAACCGAGUUGCCGGCACCUGAAGAAGAAGGCAGUGUCAGUGACUUCACAGAUCCACUGUCCUGCAUAGAGAUCAACGUGCUUUCAGGUGAGGAAGCAAGAAGGUUUUUCAACGAAAUCACAGAGGAGGCAGAGGACCUGCAGAGUGAGCUCCCAAAACCAGACUCAAAGGAAAAGGAGACCCAAAUGGACGCUGAGUCGCCUGAACGGCCAGUAAAAGAGGGGGAAAAGAGCCAGAUGGAAGUCUACUGCUGUCUUGCGCGCUGGCUCUGUGUGAUGACGGGCUAUGGAAACAAAUCUGUCUGCUCAUGCCAGAGGGAGGACGAAUCCAAUCAGGAGAAAAGGGAGUCGGGUGCAAGUAAAAACAACAACGGUGUGGUGCCAGCUCCAAGCCCACCGGGAAGAGGCCCUGUGGGGACUGCCCAAUCGGAGCACAGCACUGGAACUGCCGACUCGUGCGGGGAAAAGAAUGCGAAGGGUGCACCUGAUAAAUGUGCAGUGCCUGAGCACAAAUCAGUGGUGAGCCCAGGGCGAGAGGACUCCCUGUGUAGAGCCACAGGGGGAAACGGAGGGCCUCCUUCAGUGCAAAAAGUGGAGAUGAGAAGGAAGACCCCUUCUGACCAAUCAGGAGUAGAAAACCAGGCUCAUCCUGAAACCGCUCCCACCAGCGCUCUCAGCGGUUCAAAUGUCACGGAAGUGAAAAUCCAGGCCCUCCAUUCAUCUUACAACAAAGCCCUCAAAGCUUCUUCAGUGGUGGCACCAUUGUGGACUCCACCACCACCACAGGCAAAAGUGGAUGGACAUGCUAUUAGCUCUAGGUCCAGAGGAACCAGAAAAGCUUCAUUAGGGUGUAAUGAAGUGGGGGCUAAAUGUGGAACAUUCGGCCAACAGGUUGGAUCCCCAGAUGCAAAAGGCCUCAACAGGAGAGUGCAUGUUCACAAACGUCAAACGUCCAGUGAGAACCACAACCGCAAGGAUGACAACGUGGCUAAGAGGGAAAGCAAACGCAGAAAACGGAAAUGGGAAAUCUCAAAUCCCAGAUCUUCUGCCCUUGAUCGCUCGGCCAGUAACCUUGAGGAAAGGAACAAGAAAAAGAAAAAAAGAAAAACGUCUCACCCUCAAGCUAUCCCUGAGAUUAAAACGACUGUGGUGGAACAUAAAAGCAGGACAUCUCGGCAGGAAAAACGCAAAGGAGAUCUCCAUUCAGAAUCCCUCGGACCAACGGUUCCUAAAAGAGCUAAGAGCGAACGCCCAAGAAAUGGUCCAGCAAACAGUAGUGAAAAGGGAAAAAUGCCAAGAAACGCAAAUGUGCUUCUGGUAUUAAGUAAACGGCAGGAGAAAGCUAGUAGUGUAAGUCUUGCAUUGUAUGGAUCCUCUCCCCAGAAAAGAACUGGGACGCUGCAUUCGCAGGGACGGGUGGACAGCAAGCCAGUUAAAAUAAAAUCAAGCGCUGGGACAACACCACGCCCGCCAGCAACCGUUAGCUUUGGUGUUCCUUCCGAGAAGACCGAUCCAUUUCAACACUGUCCUCCUGUCAAAAGUCUUGCAAAGCAGCAAGUCUUUGCCAAGUGGAAGAGCAGCUUGGUGCCAGCAAAAGAUGGCCGCCAGACAAAGCCUCACAGUUCUAAGAAUGGCAAAAACGGAGCGAAAAUUCCACGCGUUACUCCGACCACGCAUCCGAAUAAUCCAAAGCCUCCCACAAGCCAGACCAGUGCUCCUUUAUUAUCUCAACCAUUGGUUACACCAAUUAAACUCAAAGCAGUGACUGUUUGCCCAAAAAAGAGCAAGAACAGAAAGAGCUCCACAUUUAAAUCCACAGAGAAUGAACUCUACUCAAAGCCCGUUGACCACACUGCAUCUAAAAUCACCUCUACUACCAAAAGAAGAGUUACCACAGAAGGAAGGCAAUGUAAUUCGACCGCACGGCCACUGUUCCCACUGAAAGUUAGGCUGGAGAGGAUUAAGCCCAAGAAAGUAGAACGGAGACGGUCCACUGUACCCGAUACCCAAAUGAAGAGUAAAUUUGAACUUGGGAACCCUGCCCUGAUUGCACUGCAACAAGACGGCAUGUUAGAAUUCAAGCUGCUUCCCGAGUCCUUCAACUUCAAAGACGGUCAAGAUCACAGGGAGCCUGUGAAACCGAAAGAAGUGAAGAGGACAGCGAGUGCUAAAAUUGGCCGUCAGCAAUCAGAAAGCCUGAAGAUGAGCACAUGGAAACGCCAAGAUUCCUGGUCAAAGAGUUCAAAAGACCUGACGUCUACUGAAGUAAGGUCUCCUGGUGCAGAAACUACACAUUCGGGCACCACCUUUCAGACGUAUAAGAAGAUGUACAUGGCAAAGGGCAAGAUAUAGGUUUUUUUUCCCAGAAUGCACUUCAUGGAAAAUGAAAAAAUGGAAGGUUAUGAGUCCUGCAUAACCUUCAUGUUGUUUCCUGUGGAAACGGUCUGCUACCGUGCUUAUUCCUGACCUUCUCCUCAGUUGAGAGAGGGGGGGUAAUAAAAGUGUAUGACUUAAAUACUUUGGUUAGUAUUUAAUUAAAUAUUUUUUUUAUAUAUCCAUUUGGACACAUUUUUAUCAUUCAUAAAGGCGCAUCUCUCUGUCAUCCUUGGGGAAAUUUGAGAGAAGAACUGCUUCAUUUUUCUGACGUCUGCUUUGGGAGGCGGAUUUAUUUUCCUCCCAUCUCUCCACUCUACUGACUGUAAUCUGGAAAUAAUUCUGAGCACCCAGGAUGUGCCGUUUCCUGACCUUCCAGACAACAAAGGACAACUGAACCUCACACAGACCGACCAGAGCAGCAUCACUUUUAAAGCAUUAAAUUCCCUGGCAUACGUGACCAUGAGGACUGCUUGAGCGCAUUUUCUGUUGUGAAUCCCAAGUGAAGUGUUACCCAGGACUUGAUGUUUACACAGCCAAAAAUGUUUGCCUUAGUUGAUGGUUGAAAACUGGGAGAAUAAGCAUGCCUUACAGCAAUGGGAAAAAUUGCCAAACGCAUAACUGCAGAAAUGGUGCUUUGAACCACUGAAAGUACACUACGUAGUUUUUUUAUGCGAUUCUGUGGUAAAGGAAAAAGGAUAAAAUGGCGGCUUUAAUUUCACACCAAUUUAGAGGCUUGCCGUUCCCCACGUUUAGGAUGACCAGACAUAACGCACGAGUGUUAAAACUGACAAGAUGUAGAAACAUUUGUUUUCCUCAAAAUGGCAGCUUAUGUUAUAAUACGAUAUAUUGAAUACAAAAGUGUUACAUUUAGUUUUGUACUGUAUUUUCUAGUUUUACACAAAAAAGCAGCUUCCCACAAUCUGCUAUGCAACAGUAUAUUUUUACCUGUACAACAUUGCAUCUGUUUCUUGUAACCAGAUUUUUCCCCAUUGAUUUACCUUUCUUUUUAUUUUUUAUUACUUUUCAAAUUGUAAGGCAUUUCUCCCUGAUACCAUACAGUGUUUACAAAUAAAAAGUGGUCUGGUACCUAGAUCAA